UAGCACAGGAGCACUACUACUGGUGUACCGUUAGGAAGGCGAACCUUGCGAGGCAAGGGCGACAUUCCGCAGUUCGCCCCGCGUAACGACACAACAAUACAAACAGGCGGAGGGGGCUGGUCUGCGCUACACAGCUUUUACACCUUGCAAAGUUGUUUGUCACCAGCAUCAUGAUUGCUUCCAGCCAGCAAAUCAAAGACUGCACCACAGCAGCAUAUGACUACCUCAAGAGUAGGUCAGACAAAAACUCAGUUGCCCUCCAGAAGCAACUGCAGAGCUUGUCUUUGGCCAGCAACCUGGAGAUGUUUGAGCCAUCUUCCUCUGAGACUCUGGAGCUGUACAUGUGCCUGGAGAAGUUCCUCACCCAAGCUGAGGCCAAGUCCACGAUGGUGGGGAAAGUGUUGACUCUCCUGACCCACAUCUCAGAGUCCUGCACCAUCAGGGAUGCUCUCAGAGACAAUAUGAAGGUAAUUCCUGUCUUGAGCAAUUUUCUGGUGGAGUCAAAACUCUCCAAAGACAAUCACCUCAAGACUUUAAAUCUUCUGAGCAUUACCUCAUACAAAAUUAAGAUUGCAUAUUUGGAAGGAUGGAUUAUGGAGCUGGUCCCCUUCUUGACAGCCACAGUGACAAAAGGGAUUGUUGGGGACGAGUCCCUUCUGGUGGCCCUUCAGAUCCUGGCCAACCUAUGCCGUUCCAAUCCCCAGGUGGUGGAGUACCUGCGUCACCUCCCCAAUAACAAGAUGCUGCUGACAACUUUGUCCCGCAUGAAGAAUGCCACGAUGUACAUCAGGUUACUGGUUCUGGAAGUUGUGUUUUUUGUUCACCCUAAAUUGAGUGAGGCAAUUUUUUCAAAUAAUGAAAUAGUAGAUAUGAUCUUCACUGUUGCCAUUGAUGGUUUUGAAGAAAAUAGAGUCACGUGGCUGCAGCUUGCUGCUGAUGUGUUUGAAGAGUUGGCAGUGGUGACAUCCUUAGAACCCAUCUUCAGAGAAUACCAGAAUUACGGCACUCACUUGCAGCUGCUGGUAAACCGUAUGACACGUGACAGUCCUGAGCUUCUUGCUGAGGCACUCAUGAACUUUAUGUGCUGCCUUGUCAAGUUCAACCAUCAAGAUAUCAAAUCACUUCAUGAAGACAUAUUUAUUAAUGUGACCAAAUGGAUAAAUUGUCAUGGAUGUGGACAGACUGCUAUGCAAGUGGUAAGAGAGUUGCUAGCAAUGGCUGGUGCCAAUACUCUGGCUUCAGCCUCCAUGGAUACUUUUGUGGAGGCCAUUAAGAUGAGCCUGACAUCCAGGGAAGAUUCUGACAUGACACCUACUGAGUUACAGCACAUUAUUAUCAUCUUGGGUUUAGUGGAUCAUAUUUCCACUUCUAACGAAGCUGUGCAACUUAAGCUGGCUUGGAAACUUGAACCAAGCUUAUUUUCUAACUUGCUUAAGAGAACGUUAAUGCUUCAUUCCCACUGCCUGAAUGAUGGUCAAGAUGAUGUAGCAUCUAGUGGGAGGUCCUCUCCAGAGUCUUCAGGAUAUGACUCCAUAAGUAGCAGCAAACAUGGAAUGGCUUCCUGUCUGGCUGAAGGGUUUAAUUCUAGAUGUGACCUUAAGAUGACCUUGAGGAAAACAGUAUCUAAAGCUGUAAUCCUUAUCCUGGCAGUGAUGAAAGGUCUUGGUGCCAUCAAGUCAGAACACUUGGCAGAGUACAGGAAGAUGAUGGGACUGCCAGUGGUGAUGAGCCAUCUGAUGUGGGGCGGGCAGUCAGGAUUGACAGAAUAUGUUACCAGGGCUUGGAGCAUUAUCUCUGAUGGCAGUCUUUCUAAAGAAUGUCUGGAAGCUCUUGUUGCUGCCACAGAAGAAAGUCCUUCAGGAAUAGACAGUGUGUCUGGGUCUCCCACCAGGAUGUUGAGCUCACACUCUCAUAUGGCAUCAGCAGCUUUACCUGUAGACUUUGAGGAAAAAGUGGAGACCUUGAUUGCUCGACUUGGAGGCACAGUCCGGAAGAUGGAGGUCAAAGAUUGUCCCCUGACUGAUGUAAUGAACUUGUAUGAAUACAAGCUGGCUUCCUUGGUUCACUCAGAAGAGUCACUUCGAAAGGCUUUGAUAAAAGCUGACAUUCAGAACAGACAGACAUCUCUUCUGCACCUCAGAACUAACAUUCAGAACGAUCACCUGAGAGGUCUUCUAGCCAAAUGGGAAUCAGGCAUGCAAAAGAUCCGAGCAGAGAAGGCAGAGCUCCAGACAACCAUUAAGGAGAUUGAGGAGUCAUCAAGACAAUUCAAGAACAACUUCAUUAAUGAAAAAGAUAUUUUGGAAAGAAAAGUUAAAGAUCUGAAGAAAGAGUUGAUAGCCAUGGAAGGUUCCUUCAGGGCUACUGAAGAAAAAAAUGCCAAACUGCAGCACCAGCUGUCAAAUAAAGUUGAAGAAAUAAAGAAGCAGCAGAACAUCAUACAGAAAGAGCAAGAGAAAGGAUCAAAACUAAGCAAGCAAGUUCAGAAGCUAGAGGAAGAAAUGAAGCAAAGUGGUAGAAGUUUGGAAGCACUCAAGAAGGAAAUUGAAAGUCUGGAAAAUAUUAAGCUACAAUUGAAUAAAGAGAAUGGUGACUUGGAAAUGCUGGUGAAAAAUAAAGAUGAAGCUUUAGCAGCCAAAGAGGAGGAGCUGGAGGAAGCCCUCAUUAAGGUGAACAAGAUGCUGGAAAUACAAAAUAUGAUUCACGAUAUCUCUUCUCGACGUGUGGUUAAAUAAUCUUGUUUACCUAUCAUUUUCUGUAAUCUUACUCCAACAGAGGAAAAAUAUUAUCUUUUCUUGGUUAUCCCUCUUUAUGGGUGAUUUUGACUAGAUUUUAUAGACAGAUAAAGAAAGAAUGUUUCAACAUUGCUUCCAUGUCUUGCAUACCCUGUCCUCUCCCAUUCAUCUGUUAAUGACUUACUCUGUCAUCUUCUUUUCAUCUACAGAUAGAUUUACAUUUUUAUUGGCCUACCCUGUCAUCUCACAUUCAUCUGCUUAAAUACUUUUAUAUUUUUUAUGGUCUUUCAUAAAGAAAACCAACACAGGGUUCACAUACAAUAGUGGUAGAGGAGAACAAAAUGUGUUGUCAUAUCCUUUGUAACAGUGAAAAUUUACUUUUGGUUGAACAAGUUUUUAAAAUAAAUACAAAGAAGCUUUAAUCAGUGGCUGCAUGGUCCUCAUUUGGUAUAAAAUUCCUACAGAGCUUGUUGGUGACUCUUUUAUGUGGUACACAAGGUCAAAUGCUUUGUCAAAGUUGAAACAGACAUUGAAUAUCAUGCCAAAAUCUCUUGAAAAAAAAAAAAAAGUGAAAUUAGAGGAAUAAAGCUUAAUGAAAACUUGCAGAAAAACUUUUUGAAAGGAGCAGUGAGUAGACACAUGCAAACUAUUACCAAUGUAGCAGCUGUAUUGUGCCAGCAGAAGAUACUGUUAUCCCUUUAAGCAAUAAAACAGCUUUUUGUAAUAAGUACUGGCACAUUUUCCACCGUUGUGUGUCCAAGAGGCCUCAACACCCUGUUUCAUCUAGAUGUUCCUCCAACAAUAUUAAUGAAAACAAUACCCAACAGAAGCAAUGCAGCAACAAACAUACACUCUGGGGCUCAUCCCACUGAAAGCUUUUAGUAAUAGUAAUCCUGACAAUACUAUUUUGUUAUUAGGAAUAAAUGCAUAAGAAAUAUGUGAAUCGUGUAGAUUAUUUAGUAAGUAAUUAUUUAGAAGUGAUGAAGUUGUUUUGUUUGGCACUUGUGAAUGUGUAUUGUUUGUAAGCAAGUGACAAUGAAUUUUGACCUUGUAUGUCAUUUCACUCAAGAUCUGCUACACCCUGAUCUUGUUAUAACUCAUCUUCCAUUUAAGUGAGAAUCUUUAGGAAUUAUGGUACUAAGCCAAUAUUUUCUUAUCUUAAACAGGUUUUACUGAUCUAUAAAAAUUAUGCAGAAACAAAGUUGAGUAAAAAAUACUGAUAUGGAGACAAUUUUUAAGAGUUGUGGGAGGUGUUAUUUUAAUUUAUAAAGUACAGGUCGACCGUCAUUAAUCCAGCAACCACAAAUCUGGCUCCAUCACUAAUAUGACACUUAUUUUGGCUAGUGUAAUUUCAAGUUCCUUGGGUCAUCACAGCAACUUGCCACUGUUACUAUUUGUUGGAAAGAUGACAAAAUGUAUUAAAAUUUUUUUUAUAUAUAUUUGGAUAAACGGACUGAGGAAGCAGGGUAACAGUGAAACAGAAGCAGUAAAAGAAUAAUGGAAGCAUUACAAAGCAAAACAGAUCUCAGGAAGAACCUACUUGCCACAUAAACAGAUGGCAUCACUUCCAUACACAAGAAAGCCAAAGCCAUUCCAAUCUGUUUUUCUGCAUUUAUAUUAUUAAACCUGUUCAGUUUUAGCUCCAGCCAUGCUCCAGUGAGUAAAGGAAAUGCUUCUCGUUGUGUAAAGUGCAAACAUUGUACGUUAUCCAUAAAAGAUAAGGUUGAGCUUAUGAAAAAACUUGACAGUGGAGUGUUUAUGGGAAACCUGUGUGAAUUAAACAGCAUUGGUUCUUUAACAGUUUAUGAUAUAAAGAAACAAAAAUGUUUGUAUUUCUGUGCUAACAAUAUCGGCUGUAGUGAUAAUAUCGGUAGCAGCUGGGAAUGACUUAUCCAUAUUGCUAUCAGCAGAAAAGUGGUAUUGAUACUGUCACACUUAUCAAUCAGCAUGUACUAAUUUAUGGGGUAUUUCAAAGGUAGCACGAGGUGAUUAACUGUUGGAUUAAGUGUGUUCUAAUCUAACCUCUCAGUAAUCCAGUAAAAUCACUAAUCCAGCACACUGCAAGUCCUAAUGAUGCCAGAUUAGUGAUGUGCAACCUGUACUACAUUUUCUUGAACACCACAUAGUGUGGCUGUCCCCUUGUUUUACAUUUUACUAUUUGGAGAAUUAUUGACACCUGCAUUGCCUCUCAGUAAUCAAUGAGAGCAAGGGUAACAAGUUUUGAGGAUUGAACUGAAUUUUUAUUGUACCCCUGCUUUGUGGGAUCUAUGGAGAUUAGAAGUGUAUUUAAAUAAAAAGCAAUUAAAGAUU